CGCGCCCCCCAGGCAGUGCUGACCAGCCAGGCUGGCUGCGAUUUGGACUAUGAGACCCGGCCACUCCCCCGCGCCCGGGUCCUGCCAGCCGCCGGCCCUUGGACCCGGCGAAAGUCCCUCUGGCCGCAGACGGGCGCAGCGGCUGCAGCCCAGGAGCAGCACAAAGCGACCGAGGCGCCGACUGCCGCUCACCCCCGGCCUCCCCGCCGCGCGCCCCCCGGCGGCCUGUGCACCUGCGCGCGGGCAGCGGCCGUUGCUGAGGAGGAAGCGCCGCGAGCGGCCCCGCCCCGGGUGGCUGAGGGAGGAUGGCGGAACAACACGCCGAGAACCUGUCGGUGGUGGUGCAUCGCGCCGGGGACCUGCGCCUGAGGUGCUGCUGAGGAUGCAUUCAGUUGGGAUCUGUGGGUCUGAUGUCCACUACUGGCAGAAUGGUAGAAUUGGGGACUUUAUCGUAAAGAAACCCAUGGUGCUCGGGCAUGAGGCAUCCGGAAUCGUCAUCAAAGUGGGGUCAUCAGUAACCCAUCUGAAACCAGGCGAUCGAGUGGCCAUUGAGCCUGGUGCUCCGCGAGACUUCGAUGAAUUCUGCAAAAUCGGACGCUACAACCUGUCUCCAACUAUCUUCUUCUGUGCGACACCUCCCGAUGAUGGAAACCUGUGCCGAUAUUAUGCACACAAUGCCAACUUUUGCUACAAGCUUCCAGAUAACAUCACCUUUGAAGAAGGGGCCCUCAUUGAACCACUCUCUGUGGGAAUCCAUGCCUGCCGAAGAGGCGGAGUCACUCUGGGAUCCAAAGUCUUAAUCUGUGGGGCUGGACCCAUUGGGCUAGUCUGCUUGCUCGUCGCCAAGACGAUGGGUGCUGCCCAGGUAGUAAUCACUGAUUUAUCCACCUCCCGCCUGGAAAAAGCCAAAGAGAUCGGGGCAGAUUUCACCAUUCAGAUAAAGAAAGAGACCCCAAAGGACAUGGCCUGCAUGGUGCAAGGUUUGCUUAACUCCAUGCCUGACAUAACCAUGGAGUGCUCCGGGGCAGAGGCCAGCAUUCAAACUGGCAUUUACGCCUUGUCUACACGGGUGUUUCAGCCUCUAGUGGAGCAGCCCAGUAGAAGGCCCCAGUGUAGAGGCCACUCGCUCGGGCGGCACCCUGGUUCUGGUAGGGCUGGGACCGGAGAUGGUCCAUGUCCCCAUCGUGAAUGCUGCUGUGCGGGAGGUGGAUAUCAAGGGGAUAUUUCGCUACUGCAAUACGUGGCCCAUGGCGAUUGCUAUGCUUGCAUCCAAGAAAGUGGACAUCAAGCCUUUGGUUACACACCGCUUCCCUUUGGAAAAAGCGCUGGAGGCCUUUGAGACAACCAAGAAGGGCUUGGGGGUGAAAGUUAUGCUGAAGUGUGACCCCAGUGACCAGAAUCCCUGAAGCAUGGCACUGCACUCCUCCCCUAUUAUACUGCCUGGCUUAAAGAUGAAGAAUGAGCUCGCUAGAGAGAUGGGAACUGUAAUGAUAAGUUUAUAAGUAGUAUAUAGUGUUUGGGGAAUAAAGUUACGGUCACCUGUUGUGCAGACAGUGCAUUGAAGGAAAAGGGAUUAUUGGUUAAGGAUAUUUACAGCCUUAUAGCUGCUUAAACGGGGAACCACUAUUUGGGAACCAAAUUUGGACCAGAAUCCUCCCCUCAGAUCCGUACAGGAGAUCUUGGCUCAGUCUUCUUCCCCUACGAAUGCAGCUCACUGAGGAUCCUGAGAGGAGAACUUUUCUCCUGGAGAGGACCUGUUGGUAUUCACCUCUUCUCUAAUAGGGGGGAGGGAUAGCUCAGUGGUUUGAGCAUUGGCCUGCUAAACCUAGGGUUGUGAGUUCAAUCCUUGAGGAGGCCACUUAGGGAUCUGGGGCAAAAAUUGGUCCUGCUAGUGAAGGCAGGGGGCUGGACUCAAUGACCUUUCAAGGUCCCUUCCAGUUCUAGGAGAUUGGUAUAUCUCCAAUUAUUAAAAAAAAAAAAUAGACUAGACAUUCUGAAAACCGGGGAUCUCUCUAGUUGUGUAUCAGACAAAGGGCUUCACCCUGCCCACUUGCAUUGAAGAACCACCCUAUGUCACAGCCGGGAUUUGUACAUGCUGAAGCACUGAAUGAGAGUCUCACACACUUGACUCCUGUUAAUGGCAAUGAAAAUUGUGCAGAAUAGUUUGUCUGGGCCUCUAUUCAAGGCUGAGACAAUACUAUCCUGGGCCAAGAUUUGUUCUAAGCGGGUGUUGGGCCUGUUCGGUGUGGUCAGACCUGUGUACAAUCCCCGGCAUAGCAGAGUUAUGGAAUACUAAUACUUGAAUACUCUGUCUGUCAGGACUUUACAAAUGUGGAAUGAAGUCUGGGCAUUUCAUCUUUGUGGGAUGUUCUUUGACAUUCAUGUUGUAAAAAGGGAGGUGGGCUAGCUCAGUGGUUUGAGCAAUGGCCUGCUAAACCUAGGGUUGUGAGUUCAAUCCUUGAGGGGGUCACUUGGCAAAAUGUGGUAAAAAAAAUCUGCCUGGGGAUUUGUCCUCCUUUGAGCAGGGGGUUGGACUAGAUGACCUCCUGAGGUCCCUUCCAAGCCUGAUAUUCUAUGAUUUUUUUUAUUUUGGGGGGAGGGGCAGAGGUAUAGCUCAGUGGUUUGAGCAUUUAACAAGACACACGCCGUUCAGGCUCCAGCAGUCACAAAGCACUUGCAAGAGAAACCAGCCAUGGCUACUCCAUCACCAUGGCCAUGGCUACUCCAUCUUUCUCCACCUAGACAUCUCCACCUGUGGGAGGAAUGUGGAGGCUGCAGAGCAGACACUCUUGGACAUUCUUACCACCAGCAGGAUUAGGUUCCAUGGUAGUGCAAAAAGUCUACACUUACAGCUUCUGCUGCUGCUAGCACUAGUGGAUCUGCACCAGUGGAGAAUUACAGAUCCAGAUUUUGCAACACAGGAUACAAAGAUGGGUUGGGCAGCCCCCUUUUCUCCCAGUGAAAAAGUGAGCAUUGGGGAGGGAAAGGUGGCUUCGCAAGAGUUUCCAUGGGUUUAUUGGGGGUCUUUUAGCACAGGAGGUUGUACUGAAGAGGUGAAGUCUGCAAUGCUUACCCAUCCACUGCACCAGCCCCAUGCAUACUGUCCUUGCACAAUGAGAAUGGAAAGCUUUAAGCCAGGGGCUGGGCUGAUCUGCCUGGGGUAGGGGCAGAGGCCAGUCACUAGAGGGGUUUAGCCACUUUGAUGAAAUAAUAAUUCAUGAAAAAUGUUUUGUUCUUAAAUUCUGAGUAACACAGGAAAAGAUGGGAUAUGUUCAAUGGUAGGAGCUCAGCUUGUGAUUGGAUGUUCAGCAGCUUGGAUUUGUGCCACUGCAAUUGCUUCUGUCAGAGCUGGGCAUGCCCCAUUUGCCUAGGGAGUGCCUCCGUUGGGUGUGCCCAAAGGAGCUAAAAGGGGGUUACAGAUUUUAAUCCAUAUCACAAGCACAGGGCAAUGAUUUGUGCUGUGGGGUACAAGAUCACUGCGUCGCAAAUAGCAAAACGGCCUGUUAUUUCCAUCUCCUACUUCGUGUUUCCAGUUGUUUUUAUUCUGUUAGCAAGAAAUCUGCCUAAUGGCCUGAGGUCUGUUUCUUGGACCAGUACUGAGCUUUCACAAUAAAUGAUGGAAAUGGUCCUGUC